AAUUGUUCUCUUAGUCUAAAGUAAGUGGGCUUUAAGUAGCUAUUUCUCAUUUGUGCUGGCCGCCACUCAAGCCUUUUUCUCUCUUGUGUGUGAUGCUGUUGCUCCGCUGUUUUCUCAUUGCUGUUUUUAUCAUUGCAUUUUUUGACUUUAUUGGAUCCUCAUUUUCACAUUUGGGCUCCCUUUUCACAUAUGGGCAGGUACAAGAGAAUUCUACCUCAACAACGACCAUUGCAACCACCACAACAACAACUACCACCUCUACCACAACAACCACCAGCAGCUCGACGACAACCACUACUACUACACGUGUCAGAAAAUUUAUAGCAGCCGCUGUCCACUCUCACUUCGAUGACUGCCCCGACUCCCACAGCCACUUCUGUUUUCACGGCACGUGCCGCUUUCUCAUCCUGGAGGAAACACCUGCAUGUGUAUGUCAUCCUGGCUUUAUGGGUAUGCGAUGUGAACAUGCAGACCUCUUGGCAGUGGUGGCGUCUAACCACAGGCAGCAGACUGUGGCCACCAUGCUGGUGUUAUGUGUGGUGGGCAGUGUCCUACUCAUGCUGCUCUGCACUUUACUAAAUUGUUGGUGGAGACGGGGUGGUUGUGGGCGAGGUAACACCAUUUCGUGUUGGUCGGAGAAGCCUAGGAGUAUUCUGACGGGUGGGACAUCCUGCUGUCACUCAGAAACAGGUAUUUUAGUGCUGUAUUUCCAUUUUUACUACAUCUUUUUGCUGAGCUUUAGGGUGAUGUGUUAUAUGUCAUGUGGUGCCUAAUUAUGAUCAUCAAUAGGGGGUGUUCGCAUACUGAGACCAGCAUAUGUGCGAGGCCUUUAACUUUUAAUGGCAUAUGAUUUGUCUUUGCUCAAGGGUUUAAGCUGUUAGUUUAGCCAUCUGUUGUCACUCUGUCCUUAGACUGUCAAUGAACAUGAGACCAAUGAGAGUGUAGGAUAUGGUAACUUCAGUUGGUCAGGGUGAAACAUUUUAUCAUUUAAAAAAAAAAAAAGAACAGCGUUUAUUUGGAAUAGAAAUCUUUUGUAAAAAUGUAAAACUCUUUUCUAUCACUUUUGAUAAACUUAAUGCGACCUUGUGGAAUACAAGUAUUAAUUUAUUUUUAAAAAAAUCAUACUGACC